GCGGGUCCGGGAUCGGAGAGCCCAGGGGACUCGCCGCGCGGUGCCGGGGUCCCGCGGGCGUCUGGGGAGCCGUGGCCCGGGACACCGAGUCGCCGGCGAUGAGGACGGCGGGGCUGAGGCGGAGCGGCCCCCGGGAGUGACAGUCGCCCCGUCGGGAUUUCCCGUCCCCCUCCCCCGCAGGGCCCGGGCCAUGCGUGCGCCGUGAGGGGCGGGCGUCCCGACUCGGCGAGCUGAUGCGGACUCGCUUUUGAGCGGCUAGGGUCGAGCGAAGCAGCCCCAAGAUGGAGGAUUUUACCGCCCGGACCUACGGGACCAGCGGCCAGGACAACAGACCUCUGUUCGGGGAGACGUCUGCCAAGGACCGAAUCAUCAAUUUAGUUGUUGGCGGCUUAACCACCUUGUUGAUUCUAGUGACACUCAUCAGUGCUUUUGUUUUCCCUCAUCUACCUCCCAAACCACUGAAUGUGUUUUUUGCUGUCUGCAUCUCUUUGAGUAGUAUUACUGCCUGCAUACUUAUCUACUGGUAUCGACAAGGAGACUUAGAACCGAAAUUUAGAAAUCUAAUUUACUAUAUCUUAUUUUCUAUCAUCAUGUUAUGUAUAUGUGCAAACUUGUACUUCCAUGAUGUGGGAAGGUGAAGCUGCCAAGAAGAAACACUUACCAGGACAUUAUGUGACUUAAGUGCUGGAAAAAAGUGUGCUGAAGAAUCCUCUACAGAAGUCUGGUACAUGAUUUUCAUGUUAAUUGUAACUCUGAAUUCCCUCUUGCAAGGGAGCUAUAUCAUAGAUCUCUGCUUUCCUUUAAGAAGCUGAAACAUUCCAGCCUCAAAUGGCAAAGUAUUUUCACUUUUGAAAUUAAUUUCGUUUUUUACAAUUUAAUUGCAUGGCUCAAAUCUUGCAUUUUAAGACAAAUACUCUUUUAUUUCUGUUAAACUGGAUAUACAAUUAUUGUUCCCUAGGCAACCAACUUUUGCUUAUUACUACAGUUUCACAUUAAUAAAACACAGAUGGUGAAAAGACAA